AUGGCGCCCCAAACAGUGAUGUGCAACUGUUCUACAUGCAAGGGUUCUCCCCUCGCGUAUAACGAAUAUCGGCAUCACCAGACAGAAGAAAAGCGUCGAGAAGAAGUACGUCGAGAGGAGAAACGUCGCACAGACCAGUUGAUUGAGGAGAAGCGCAAAGAAGAAGAGCGUGCAAUCGCCGAGGCCAAAUUCGACGCCAUGCUUGACGAAUUGACGUAUAUGACGUUGACGGAUGACGGGCUUGAGACGGGUAACACCCAGCACAACACAAUGUGGGGACGAGGCGUGGACGACUCGCCGUUGACAACCCGCUCCACGAGCACCAUACGCAAUAACCCUCCUCCCAUCCCCAAUCCUGAGCCGCUGCACACACCGCCAGUAGAGCCCUGGCCCGAACUGGCGCUCCUAGACUACGAACUCGACGAUCACAUCAGGCUCUGCGACGAGGCGUUCUCGAAGGGCCUACAGGCCCCUAUGAAGAGCGCUGCCGCGACCGACGCUGUGAAGGCGUUAGAUGACGAAUUGCAUUGGUUCAUGGAGGCGCAACGUACCGUGCACUUCCUGGCACAGGGAAGUUCUGACCCAAAAGUCGUACUCCAGCGCGAGGGCAUGACCGAACGGCUGGAAACGCAGAUCGCGACCGUGGCAGCAAUGCUCCGGGAGGUGUCCCUGAUUCCGACCCCUACGAGCACAGAAGGUCCUGUCCGUGUAGUUGAUACGACGGUGUUGUAUGAACAUCCGUUGAAGCAAUCGAACCCACUUGUGGUAGUCGCGAUCUUCCUCGCCCUCGUUCUGCAACUUCUCGGAGGCGUCACGCGCCAAAUGUGCAACUUCACGCUUCACGUUCUCAAAAUGUUCAGCGAGAUGGCCAUCGGACUGAAUGGACCACCUAGUCCCAUGGAUCAGAAGGUCCUUAGAGAGUUUCCUACCGACAUCCGCACAGUGCGACGGCUGUUCGACCUGGAUCCCAUCGUUACCGACUGGGCAGCAUGCCCCGUCUGCUCCAUGACUUACGAGCCUACAUACGUGUAG